AUGCCUAGCAUUCCGUUCAUCGGGAGGCUGCAUCUUCAGGAGUACCUGGCCCUGCUUGGUUCUUUUAUUUUGAUUGGUCUGGAGAUCAUCAUCAGAGGCAUAACUCUAGCCCUGCCAGGCCCUAUCAUUCGUUUCUUCUACAACUGCUCGCGUAAAAUAUUCAACCAGCUAUCAGGUGCUCAGGGCCGGAGGUCACGCAACCGAAAGAAGGCCAUCUCAUCUCCAAUUGCUCAAGCUUCAGAUUUUGUCGAGCUCUGUGAGCUUUUUGGUUACUAUGCCGAAGAACAUAUCGUUCAAACCAAGGACGGCUAUCUAUUAGGACUUCACCGUCUUGGUUGGAAGCGUGGCGAAGAAGACCAGAGGGUCAACAGUGGAGAGGGCAGCAUCCAGAAGAAGGUCGUCUAUCUUCAUCAUGGCCUCAUGAUGAACAGCGAGGUUUGGGUUUGCUUGACUGAGAAGGAGCGCUGCCUACCCUUCGUUCUCGUCGACCAAGGAUACGAUGUCUGGCUAGGCAACAACCGUGGCAACAAGUACUCNAAAAAGAAUGUUCACCACUCUCCUACGAGUGCCGCCUUCUGGAACUACUCCAUCGAUCAAUUCGCCUUCCACGAUAUUCCAGACACUAUCGACUACAUACUCGCCACAACGAGUCAAAAAUCGCUGUCCUAUGUUGGCUUCUCCCAAGGAACUGCUCAGGCCUUUGCGACUCUUUCUAUCCACCCUAACCUCAACGAGAAGGUCAACGUCUUCGUUGCACUUGCACCCGCAAUGGCUCCUCCGGGCUUGGCUAUGGGCAUCGUUAGCAGCUUCAUCAAGGCAUCACCAGAGGUCUUGUUCCUGCUUUUCGGUCGCAAGGCUAUCCUCAGUAGUACCACCAUGUGGCAAGCAUUGCUCUAUCCUGGUAUCUUCUCAUGGGUCAUUGACAAGUCUUUGCUGUACCUGUUCGGUUGGCACGCAAAGAACAUCACCACAUACCAGAAGCUGGCAGCUUAUCCGCACUUGUUCUCCUUUAGUAGCACCAAGUCGGUCGUCCAUUGGCUCCAGAUCAUUAGAAACGAGACUUUCCAAAUGUUUGACGAUGAGGUACAGGCUCCUCUUUCCAUCGCAUCUGGCGCAAAAUACUACAAGGUUGCCAAGUAUCCUACCCGCAACAUCAAGACACCCAUCGUCCUUGUCUAUGGUGGAAGUGAUAGCUUGGUGGAUAUCAAGAUCAUGCUCAAGGAACUACCUAGACACACCGUGGCCAAGGAGAUUCCUCAUUACGAGCAUCUCGACUUCUUGUGGGCUGAAGACGUACACAAAUUGGUAAUCCCGCAUGUGAUCGACGCUCUGGAGUCCUAUUCUACCGAUGCAGGCCGCAGAAGCUUGAUCUCACCAUUCAGACCUGCUAGACCGCAGAGUCUAUUGCCUGCAUCGCUUCCCAGCUACUCCGAGGGAGAAAGCACAUCUCUGGACUUUGCAGAUACGGAUGGCACAAGGGAAGCGAAGAAGAGAUUGCGAGCCUUCCGAGUGAGCUCGCCACGUCGCUCAUCGAUCAAAUCCAGGAGCCUUAGUGGCAAGGCUUCUCCAGAAUCGGGUAAUCCUAUCUCUCCCGAUGCGUCCGCCAUCACUGAACGAUCAACAAAUUCACGUCCUGAAGGUUGGUGGAGCAGCGACGAAGUUGCAGGUACUACAUCCGAUCCAGCCACACCUGACACACAUAACCAACUCGAAAACCAGCAUCCUGAAACACAAGAUGUGAGCACGCAACUCGAGAAGCAAUCUACCCCAAGACGCAUGAGUCGGCUUCCUAUCGUCCAAAACACUGGUCUAGGUAUAUCCUCUCCCCACCAGCCGCACCUUCCGCUGUCACUGCUGUCNAAAUCUACCACUGCCUCUCCAUCGUCAUCACACAAGUCGAAGCGCAGUGUAGAUAGCUUGCGAUCCUCGACUGGUGAAGCGAGUUUUGGUGAGCAUGGCAUCAUGUUUGGUGCAGGGGGCAAAGGCCUUGUGGCGGAGGGAGUCGUGAGUAAAGAGCUUGGGGCUGCACAGACAUUGAGAGCUUUGGAUGCUGAUGGAAGUGCUUCGGAUUCAAGCAAGAAGCGAAAGGCCAAACAGCAGACCUCGCGUCGAUAUUAG